AUGGGAGCAAGCUACCUGUGUCCCCCAAUAUGCCAUAAAAGUGGAAAAGUUAUCCAUAACUCCAAUUCCAUUAUCUACUACAUCUACUACAUCUACUACAUCUACUACAUCUACUACAUCUACUACAUCUACUACAUCUACUACAUCUACUACAUCUACUACAUCUACUACAUCUACUACAUCUACUACAUCUACUACAUCUACUACAUCUACUACAUCUACUACAUCUACUACAUCUACUACGAGAUUCGACAAACCUGGAUAGGAUUAGGAGAGAUAUUGAGUUGA